AAUGAGUUUUGAACAAAAUAAAUACACCUUUUGGAUGGCAAAAGUGAGACUGAGAAUAAGAGAGAAGAGUACUAGAGUGAAAAGAAUCGUCAUUGUUGAUUCUUAGGUUUGUGAGGAGAAGAUUGUUUUUGUUGCUUAGUUUUGUGAAGUGUGAAGAGAAGAAGAUGAAAUAACUAGUGCGAACAGCCAAAACCCCAGGAAUAGCAAACUGCCAAAGCCCAGGAAUCCAUUCCACAGGUUUUUGGAAGUAUUCCAUGCUCUACUAAAAACAGUUGUUUCUUACCAUUCCGAUUUUUUCGUUUUUAUGAAUGAUAGCAGUAUACGACAGCUCCAUUUCUGAGAGGAAAUGUUGAGAACUUACUUGAAAAACCCAAAAACCAAGCCAGGAAUCCCACCCCGUGAUUCUGAGAAAUCUAAGGGUCCUCCAUGCAGUGGGAUCAGUCUCCUUUGUAUCCAAACAGAUGAGAUAUGGAAAUCCUAUAUCAACAGAACAGCAGUGGAAAUCAUCAAUUCAAUUAAGGGUGCAAAGGCGAAAAUUUUGCUAGAGGCAUACGGGAGGGAAAGACCGUAGAAGGAGAGAACAAUUUGGGGUAGGGGGUUGGCACGGGUAGGCCCCGGUGGGCUGACAAGAAGCAUCAAACACUUGGUGGAAAUUAGCAGUUGGAAGGAAAAAAUGUCAAGUGGAAAUUUGGGAGAUAAAAACACAAAAUUUUUGUUAGCAUUUGUUUAAUUGUACUGUACCUGUAAUUGGUCCUUUUUCUCUCGUAGAAUAUACCCAGUCUGCACAUAUUAAUCCAUUUCAAUACAAAAAGGUAGGAUUUGCUUCACAUGUCAGCAGAGUAUGGAUCCCUUUAACCAUCAGCAGUUCGCAUCUAAUAAUGCAUUAAAUAAUAUAAUAUAGAAAUUCGACUACC